AUGGAUCGGGUUGCUAUGCUGAUUGGUGAUGAUGGGUCUCGCCUCGUCGUGAACUGCCGGUCUGGUGCAGGCGGGGUCCCGAGCACUUCUUGUAGAGAGGGGGGGUGUCACCUGCAAAGACACUCCGACGCUCUAGUCAGUAAUGUGCAGGCGAAAAGGGGGAGAGUGAUGUGUGGCGUACCUUGGGGGAAGGGCAAAACCUUCCCCUUAUAUACUGUGUCAAAGGUGGGCCCUACAAGGACAGGCCCACCUUUUCUGAGACGUUCUCCCACAGCUUUAGAUCCUCCAAAGCCGCUCACGAUCUCCGACCUAUCGCCAGCACCGAUGCACGGCUCGCAGCUGCGCGUGGCAUACCAGGGAGUCCCCGGUGCGUACUCCGAGGCUGCCGCUGGCAAAGCCUACCCUAACGGAGAAGCCAUACCUUGCUAUCAGUUCGAGGUUGCUUUCCAAGCCGUUGAGCUCUGGAUCGCCGAUCGCGCCGUUUUACCCGUCGAAAACUCCCUCGGCGGCUCGAUCCACCGGAACUACGACCUCCUCCUCCGCCAUCGCCUCCACAUCGUGGGCGAGGUCCAGCUCCCCGUUCACCACUGCCUCCUUGCCCUUCCUGGCGUCCGAUCGGAGUACCUGACGCGCGUGAUCUCUCACCCUCAGGCCCUCGCACAGUGCGAGCAUACUCUCACCAAGCUCGGCCUCAACGUGGCUCGCGAAGCCGUAGACGACACCGCCGGCGCCGCGGAGUUCGUGGCCACCAACAACCUCCGAGACACGGCGGCAAUCGCUAGCGCACGCGCGGCAGAGCUGUACGGUCUUCAGAUCCUGGCGGAUGGGAUCCAAGAUGACCCGAAUAACGUGACCCGGUUCGUGAUGUUGGCCCGAGAACCAAUCAUUCCUCGCACGGACCGGCCUUUUAAGACGAGUAUCGUGUUCGCGCACGAUAAAGGGACCUCCGUGCUCUUUAAGGUGCUCUCGGCGUUUGCGUUUAGGAACAUCAGUUUGACUAAGAUCGAGUCAAGGCCGCAUCGUAACCGUCCGAUCCGGAUUGUUGACGAUGACAAGAAUGAAGGGACAGCAAAGCACUUUGAGUACAUGUUUUAUGUUGAUUUCGAGGCAUCCAUGGCUGAGGUCAGAGCACAGAAUGCCCUGGCUGAGGUUCAAGAAUUCACCUCCUUUCUGAGGGUUUUGGGUAGUUAUCCCAUGGAUAUGACACCGUGGAGCCCUUCUGCUUCUCCUUCCUCUAGGGAGAGUAGAAUUUAGCAAUUUCUCUAUUAUUUUUUUUUUCAUAAAACGUAAUUGAACACAUAAUUGUGCCAUAUGAUUAUAUAUUUGAUCAUUGUCAAAAUUGUGCAGAUAAUCCUUUAAUAUUUUGGUUCGAUUCGAUUUUACAGUAUAUAUUUUUGAA